AUGUGUGCCGCCGCAACCGUCCUCCAGCCUAUUGCUAGGUUCUGCUCUCAGCUGUUUUCCAUCCUCCAGUACAUGCCUACCCUUGCUGUUUAUGGUAGACGGGACUCUUCCAUCGACGCGAACCGUCUGUUCAGAGAGAUCGAAGCGCGGUUCCCGGAAAGAUGGAGGAAGGACGGAUGGUAUCUUUCCACUACAGCGGCACUUAUCGCCAGCGGCCAGCCGGGUCUGAUAGGUCCUCUCUACAACUACAUCAUCUCAAAGCCGUCAUAUCAGACGUCUGCAGAGAGACAACGUCUCGUACGGCGCAUGAGAGAAGCCAUGAUCAAAUGCAUCAUUCUCAACGGCAUUCCCGUCGUCAUGGAAGCUUUUGUGUCUCUUGCGAAGCAAGAACAGCCCGAAGAUCAAGAUCACAGUUUCACCCGCAAGGAUUGGAAAGCUGAUGAAGCGAACCACAAGCGCGGUCUCGAGGUUCUUGAAACGCUUUAUGGCGAUGAAAAUGAGAGAAUUUGGGCAUCAUUCGGCUCGCACAAGGACAUACCGUGGCUCUCGACCGACAUAUCUUAUGGUCUGUUCCUUGCCGAUCACAACACUCUCGAUAUCAUCGAAUCUGAGCUCGUCAUCUUGCCUGCAAUCAUGUGCCAAGGCCUUGUUCCUUCAACGAAAUGGCAUCUACGUGGGUGUCUCCGAGUCGGCUGCACACGCGAGGAAGUGGAAUGCAUACAACAGGUUAUUGAACAUGUCGCAGAAACCUGUGGGAAAGAACUGAAAGGUCUGCCGAGAGUUUCAGACAUACCUACAGAUGAGAUGUGA